CAUUCUGUAGUAUAUGGUGAUUUGAUAAACCUUAGUGUAAGUACAGUAUAGGCUACCUUAGUGUUUAUUAGGCUAUAAUAAACUGUAGAAAAUCAUCAUAUGAAAUUUAUGAAUUAUUACCCUACAUCAAUAUUUACUAUGGUAAGUAGGCUAUUUACGUUUUUGGUAUUCAUGGUAAGAAUUUUACUAGUUUAGAGAAGUAAAGUAUAGCCUACUACAGUAUUUUAUGUGGGUACUGCAUUGUUUUACCCCCAUCAUUAAGUCAUCUUAUUCUCUGAUUGGUUGGUUCAGGCGUGCGCGUGUGCUGCUGGAGAAUAUAAGCGCAACAGGCGCGAGCUGUGGAUGUGAAGCUCUCGCGCGCCCUGAGGGAGAGACGCGCGGUCUAAUGAACAUUGAUGUGUCUGUAAAGAGGAACAUCUGUGAGGAUUUGCUAGGAGGAAAACCAUUUACAAAGCCGACGACAGCGCUUCAUCACCCAGUGGGUUAAGCCCAGUGGGAUCAUGUGGGUUCUGGAAAAGAUCCGGGACUCGGUCGAAACAAAUGUGCUCCGGCAAGGAGAGGCAGGAGACAAACAAGGCAAAGCACCUGCCUAUAGUAACGUCCUCACACCCGACAAGAUACCAGAUUUUUUUAUCCCCCCAAAGCUUGUAAGCUGUCCACCAGAGCCAGAGGCCUCCGACGUCAAGUCCAAAGAAAGUUUACGACCCUCCGCAUCUGAGCAAACCAUCACCAACAACAAGAUCAGCAGCCCUCGUAGCCCUCGAUUGGUCAGCAAGUUGGCUGGAGACACCAAGAAACUUCUUAGGGCGGCUAACCGCCACAUCAUUCAGAUCGAGAGCGCUGACGAUGUGGUAGCGGGCGACACCAACGCUGACCCUCAAUCUCAGAAUGCCAUGUCGCUUCCUUACAUCCCAAAAACGCAGACUUCCUACGGCUUCGCCACGCUGAUGGAGAGUCCGCAUACUAGGCGUAAAGAGUCCCUGUUUCACUGUGACCACACCAGCCCGGUAACUUCUCCCAACACUCAACGCAAGUCCCAAAGCAAGAGCAGCAAUGAAGGGAACCAUCUCAACCCUCCAGACUUUGGCACGUCUCACAUUAACCCAUACCGAUACUUCAGUGGCGGAGAGAGCGACACCUGCUCCUCCGCAGAGUCCUCCCCGUUCAGUUCCCCCCUGCUCUCCCGAUCCGCAUCACUACUAAAGAUCUUCACCCAGGAGACGCAAGCUAAGGUUGCUAAAGGGAAACGGACAUUCGCCCGACACAGUUCCUUGUCUACAGAUGAGUGCAGUUCUGCAGAGCCCAGUCCUAAUGUUCCUCGACGUAGCCACUGUUCCUCUUUACAUGCCGGCGGAGCUUCGGAGCAUCUUCACGGUGGGGACCGUCAAUACAAGGAACAUACCAUCAACAUGCACAAAGGAGGCACCGUCCGACUUUGUGCCGACUACGACGCAGGCACGGCACGAUUGCGUAUCCGUAUCAUGGCGGCUGAGGACUUGUACGAUCCCAUGUUCGAUAUUAAGAGCAUCAACUGCUGUGUAUCGCUCUACCUCAAUCCAGGCAAGUUGCAGAAACAGAGGAGCACGAUUAUAAAGAACAGCCGCAAUCCCGUCUUCAACGAGGACUUCUUUUUUGAUUCCGUGAGUUCGGCACAGGUAAAAAACCUAGCCUUGAAGAUCAAGGUGGUGAAUAAAGGCACUAGCUUGAAAAGAGACAUGCUGUUAGGUGAACGGGAGGUUCCUUUGUGCAAGGUCUUAGGCCUUUAGUGAAGCCUAGCCUACAACGCGUCACUCUCAAAAGUGGAAGUAACGUCUUGUGUAUUUGAUAUUUGCUUUCUUGUCAUGUAGCCUGAUGCAGUGAGUGAUUUGGUAUUCACGAUUUCGAAACAACCACCACCACCUGCACAGCAUCAAGAUAUUUACAUAGCUCUGAACUUGUCAGUAAAUAUACAACGAAAACUCCUUUUGUUUGUUAUCUUCCGUGCUUUUGUUAUUUAUGCGUUUAGCCUAAUUAAGACGCAGCGUUUACCGUUUUGAUUGUAAAGACUUUUCACAAUGCCGCAGACCUUUGAAGAUACACAAUGGCCCUCCGUGCUAAUGUUAGCUUUGAUCUUGGAUACAUCUGGCGGCUUAUUUCAUUUGGAGGAUCAACAACCAGAACGAACUGUUGUGUCACAUGCAUCUCUCGGCGUAAACUUGUAAAUGCGAUGAUGUAUUCUUGCGAUGAUGUGCAGAAUGUCAUUUGGUGAAACCCAGAAGCCUUACUAACCAGAUGAGGGAUUUCCCAUGCUCAGAUUGAACUUUGUUUGACUGAGUAUUUUUGUUGGAAACAGGAUUGGAAAGCUCGGGAAUUUUGGAAGUUGAAAAGUUACAGGAAUUAUUUGUACAUUUUGGGUAAUUUAUACAAACUGUUUCACAUGCAAACAUUACUUUCCUCGACAUCUGACUCAUCUUCAUUCGUGGGCCACAAUUCCCAUAUACAGCAUUCCCAACUAAUUUAUAUGGAAAGUUACAACAACUCCCAAAUUUUGCAACCGUAGAAAUAAUUUUUGUUGGUAAACUGUAUCUUUUUGUUGGAUGUUUUAAAUGAAUGUACCGGCAUGGACCAUGGUUAAGACCAUUUUAUGCAGAGGGAUGUGUAUGAAAAACUUUCUUUUGAAAAAGUCUCUCCAUGCACACUACUUAUCCAGAGAUGGAAAUUUUCUAGGGAACCAUCUACUCAAUCUUGUGUUAUAUUGCAAAUCCUGUCCACAUUCUAGCUGUAAAACAAAAAACGGUUCAAAUAUGAUAUGAAUAUGCACUGUAAAAAGUGAAAUGUUAGAUUAACUUACAAAUUACUUUAAUUGGUACCAUUUAAACAUUUUUAGUUUUUUUCUAACUUUAAAGGUGCAGUGUGUAAUUUUUAAAAGGAUCUCUUGACAAAAAUGCAAAAUAAUAUACAAAACUAUAUUUUUUGAGGUGUAUGAAGACCUUUUUAUAAUGAACCGUUAUGUUUUUAUUACCUUAGAAUAAGACGUUUUUUAUCUACAUACACAGAGGGUCCCCUAACGUGGAAGUCGCCAUUUUGUUCCGCCAUGUUUCUACAGAAGCCCUUAACGGAUAAACUUUUUUUACUAAGUUGUCUCCAAUGAUGACAUUUUUCUGGUGGUGGCUAUCGUAGCUUCUCUAUGUGUUUCAAAAGCGAUGGGUGAGCAGUGGACUGAGCCAUUGGUUGCAAUUUGCAACCUCACCACUAGAUGCCACUAAAACUUACACACUGCACCUUUAAGUUGGAAAUAAAGUAUUUUUUCAAGUUUUACCAAUUAAAGUAAUUUUUUUAAGUUGAUCCAACUUUCACUUUUUACAGUGUGAGAAUGGAUAGAAGCAACAUUUCUAGAUUUUAUUUCCCCAGUACAAAAACACAAAACCGCAAUGAACCUGUAGUAAGCAAUAUGCUGCAUGUAUUCCUUUGCGGAUUUAUAUUAAAAUGUAUACAAAAUUUGAAAAUGUUCACUUCUUUAAGAUGAUGAGUUUGCUAGAGCUCAUUAAAAUGAUUAGGAAAACAUCAAAGAUUUCCUCAUUGAUAACUAAUAACUUUUAAGUCAGACAACCAAGUAACCAGAGAUAAACCAAAAGCAUUUCUGUAUUAAUGAAAUGUGGAUUGUGCUGUAAAUUAUCGAGUGGCGAAAGAAGCAUAUAAAGCUUUUCAUUAAUAUUCAAGUGUUUCAUUAAGUAUUUAAUAUCCAAAACCACUCGAAUGCUGGAGUCUUCCUGUUUUUUGCAGGUGUAUUUUGCAAAAUGAAAAAAGUGCCAAUCCUGUGUAUACUUGAUGUAGAAGUGAUUCGUUCAUGCGCUGUUUAGUGUGAUUUGCUCAUGCUGGAUCCUGUUAACUUUGAUGUUUGUAACUUGUGUGCAUGGAUUAUAUUUUCACUGUGGUUUUCAAUCUCUGGUAUUUUGUAAGUGAGCUGUUUGAUGGAUAUGUGCUUUCGUUUUCCUGCACGGUUAUUCAAUGGUUUGUUUAACUGGUGUAUUUGUAUUUUAGAUGGACAGUUGGGGGAGGGCAUGGGUUUGAGUUAGUGUAUGAGUUGAGGUACUUUUGAAAAUUGGGGGAAAAUAAAAAUAAGUUUGUGGCAAUUUUUCUGUUGUGUUUAAUACUGUUGGGCUACUCCAGGGGUACAUUUUGUAUUAAAUCUUAUAUAUACACUGUAAAAAAUAUAUGAAAAUAUAUUUAUGUGUUAACAAAUUAAGUUUCAGUGAGUCAAUUAAAUUAAAGUUAUGUCAACUUAUCACAAGUC